AUGAAAUUUAUUAGUGUUUUAAUCUUUUUAAUUUUCAAUUCGAUAUUAUGGAGUUUAAUUAAUUCUGUUAAAAAUAAUAAACAUCAAAACGAGUUAACUAGAGCUGGGGAGACUUCAAAGAAUUCAAAUGAAAUAUUAAAUGAUGGGGCAGGAUCAUCGGCUGCUGCUCAAAAUCAAAAAUAUGAAGAAACGUUAAAACCAAAAGCUAAAAUUGCAAAAAUGGAAACUACUAGAAAUAAUGAAGAAGAAAGAGGGUUUAAUAGAAAAGAAUAUAUGAAGGAUUACUAUCAGAAGAAUAAGGAAAGGUUUAGUGAAAAUCGGCGAAAUUACUAUAAUAAGAAUAAAGAAAAAGAACAUCAAACCAGAAAAAAAUAUUAUCAAAAAAAUAAAAAAAGGAUAAAUGAAAAUAAUACAGAAUAUAAUAGAAAAUACAGAUUAAGAAAGAAAAUUGAAAAAGAAUCUCAACAAAAUGAUAGGUUAAGUCAGGGUGACACUUUUAUCACGUUUAGUGGGCCCCUUUUUGACUUUUUCACCCCUUUUUGAUUUUUUCCCCUUUUUCCCUCCUUUCUACAUGCCAUUUUUUACCACCUUUUUAUACCCUUUUAUCACGUUUAGGGGUCUUUUCCUCUUUU